AUCAGUUUUGAUCUUGACUGUGAUUACACUGUGUCUAAAAUGCGUCUCAGCGCUCCGCUGUUGGUCCUCUCUGCCGUUGUAUUGCUCACUGGCACAGUAGUACAUGGGUGUCGACAGUUCUGUAAGCUACAAGACUGCACCGCGGAUGGACACAGUAACCAAUUGCUAACAGUGAUCAACGAUGCAACUGUUAUGUACUGCAUGCAAAGGUGUGGACAAGACGAAAGCUGUCAGUCGUUCUCAUACAAAGAGUCAGGCAGCAAGUGCAAACUUUACAGCGUCGAUGUGCUUGCGGGAGGUGCUUGCAGAAAAUAUCAUAGAAAAUAUGCAAUUUAUUCCACGGCGGCUUGCAAAAUCUCCGCAGUAUCUCCAGUCACCGUAGGGUACGCGGCACAAGGUAACUUUUAUAUUGAAUACCGUAAACUAGAUGAUUGA